GAAGAAUCCCCGGAUUUUAGGUUUGGAUAUUUCCCCGUAUAAUCCGUUGAGGAUUUCGCAACAAGUUGCUCGAAACUACUUUCCUCUUCGUCUUCAACCUCGUCGCUUCCUGCAAAUCAUCAUCGUCGUCGGAGCGCGCGCAGAGAGAGAAGCCGAAGCCGAAGCAGAAGCAGCAGGAGCAGAAGAAGGAGCGCGCGUGGAAGCUUUGCGACGCAGCGUUUCGAGGCGGGGGAGGGGGGCGAGGAUGAGGAAGCGGUGCGAGCUGUGCGAUCGGCGAGCGGCAAUGCACUGCGAGUCGGACCAGGCGAGCCUGUGCUGGGGCUGCGACGAGAAGGUCCACGGCGCGAACUUCCUGGUGGCGAAGCACGCCAGGGCCCUCCUCUGCCACGUGUGCCAGUCCCCGACCCCGUGGAAGGCCUCCGGUCCGAGGCUCGGCCCCACGGUCUCGGUGUGCGAGCGCUGCCGGCGGAUCUGCGACGAGAAGGCGGCGCCCGGAGCUCGGGGAUGCGCCGGCGGCGAUGAGGAGGCGGGGGAUUGCGACGGUAACGACGCGGAUGAGGUGCUCAAUGACGACGAUGGCUAUGGUGACGAAGGCGGAGAUGAGGAGGAGGAGGAGGAGGAGGAGGAGGAGGAGGAAGAGGUCGACGAUGAAGAGGAGGAGGAGGAGGAAGAGGAAGAGGAGGACGGAGAGAACCAGGUGGUUCCGCUGUCGCGCGAUUCGCCGCCUCCGGCGACUUCUUCGAGCACCGAAGAUGAAUCCACCAGCAGGUCUGUUGCGGUCGCCGGCGACGGGCUCUUCGCCGAAACAGUGGCCCGCGGUGGGUUGAGGAUGAAGCGGUCGCGCCAAAGCGAAGAUCUCGACUCCGACGAUGAAGUCGGCUGUGCUUCGUCCGGAUUGAACUCGAGAGCAUUGGAUAACGAGGAGGAAGCGACCUCUUCGUCAGCCUUGUCGAGACCGACGAAGCGGCAACGAGUGGCGGCGGCGGUCGAGACGAAUCCGAUCGCGACGAGCGGCGGCGGCGGCGGGCGCGUGGGGGGAGCAGAGUCGCUGAUGAGCGCCCUGAAGAGGCUGCUGCAGAGGAGCGCCGCCGCGGGCAAUGCCGCCGCGGCCGUCUCCGGCAUCUGCAGGCUGAGCGGAUAUCACCAGAGCCGCUGAUUCGAUCCGACCCAUCCGCCCAAUCCGUCCAGUUAGUCGACCCCCUCUCGCUCCUAACUCUCUGCUAGCUAAUUUCCUGACCCACACGCGCAUGAAUUAUGUUCUUUGAGAACAUGGGCACUUCUCCUUCUGGUUACCACCUUCUUCUUCUUCUGGUUCCUUUGGUUUUAGAUCAUUUCGUAUUAUAGAGGAUCGAGGCCACCGUUACAUAGCGAGUGCAGUAAAAUUCAUCGAGCGUUUUUUGUCCACCGUGUGUUCUUGCAUUGCUCCCUCGUCCCUUCCAUCUAUGGAAGCGUUGAUGUGAUUGUUGCUAGUGAUUAUCAGUGAGAGACAGUGACGAUAAGGUAGGUAUGAAGUGGCCAAUUCGACACAAUUGGUGGGUGUGGUUGGAGACGUGAAGUGCUGCUUUUGUAUUUUGUCGA